CUAUGUUAAUGUAGACUCUAGUCUAGUGUUGUUUUCUUUGGAGCAGGGCUGUGGAAUUGGAAACAAGUCUGAGCCUUUUUGGUAAAACACUGAGGUAAGUCCCUAGUGGAAAUAUGCAAUUAUGGUGCUUUUCGAAUGAGACACUAGAGAUCUUCAUGGGUCCUAAAAGUUGGACCCAAACCCAAGGCCAAUUUCCCCCUUUCUCUCCCCAAUUUUGCGAAAUCCAAUUGGUAGUCUUGUCCCAUCACUACAACUACACUAUGGACUCGGGAGAGGUGAAGGUCGAGAGCCAUGCAUCCUCCAAAACACGAACGUGCCAAACCCCUCUCCUUCUUGACACACUGCUCGCUUAACUCGGAAACCAGCCGCACCAAUGUGUCGGAGGAAACACGGUCCAGCUGGCGAUCUUAUUCAGCUUGCAGGCACCUGACCUGCCACAAGGAGUCGCUAGAGUGCGAUGGGACAAGGAAAUCCCGGCCGGCCAAAACCUCUCCUAACCCGGACGACGCUGGGCCAAUGAUGCAGUGCCUAACCCGGACGACGCUGGGCCAAUGAUGCAGUGCCUAACCCGGACAACGCUGGGCCAACAAUGCAGUGCCUUAGACCGCUGCAUCACUUGGAAUGCCCAAACACAUGUUUUUAAAGGGUGACCCGCACCUGAAUGGACCCGAGAACAAUUGAACCAGAAUUUUGGGUUCAGUCAAACCCAUGAAGACCUCUACCCCCACACCAGUGGGUUGCCAGUGUUUUAUGUUUAAUGUAAGCUCCAGUGUAAUUGCAUUUCCUUCAGGAGUGUGACACUAAAGACAGGGCGAGCAGAAUCAACAACCUCUGCGUCAUUCAAGAUGGUUGAUUUGUGAGAAGGUGCUGAAGUUCCCAGUUAGCCAGUGUUAUGUAAAACAGACAAGUGUGAGUUUUUUGGGUUAACAACCAGGGUAAAUCCUCAAGGGAAACUCACUAUUAAUGUGUUUGUAAUCUGUUUAAUUUUUUUUUAAUGUAAGUAUUUCCCAGGUACAUCAUACAGAGGAAACUGCAUUCCUGAGCGUAAGGACAAAUAAUGUGUAUCUCAAUAGUAAGAACUGGGCAGGUGAGAACAAAUGUAUGAGUUCUCAGAUCAGUAGACCAGAUAAGGAAAGGAGACCAGAGGAGGAAGCCAAGAACUUUAACGAACAAAAUACUAAAAUAACAUUUCAGCAAAAAAAAGAAGCGUUCUGUGCCUUUAAGAUUGUGACCUGCCGUAAACGGUCACGGUAAUGUAGUAAAUCAAUAACACGUGUAAAAAAAAAUAUUUUAUGAAGCUAGCUACAUGAAGAUGGGGAUUUUGGUGUUAAUUUAUCUAUGAUACCAGUAUUUAUUCAAACUAAUACGAUGUUGAUCCUUGCAGUUGAAGAUACAUUGUCAGAAUUUAAAUAAUUUGAGUAGUUUUUAAACGAUUCAAAGGAAAGAAUCAUGUUCGUGGCAGUGGAGAUGGUUGACACUGUCAGAAUCCCCCCAUGGAAUUUCCAGCGGCAGUUCAAUGAAGCCAUAGCCGAAGAACUCAACAAGAAAUUGGCCAAUAAGGUGGUUUACCAGGUUGGCCUCUGUAUCUGUUUGUAUGACAUCACAAAACUGGAGGAUUCCUACAUAUUUCCAGGUGAUGGAGCUUCCCACACCAAAGUCCACUUCAGGUAUGUUGUGUUCCACCCUUUUUUGGAUGAGAUUCUUGUUGGAAAGAUCAAGUACUGCAGUCAAGAAGGAGUACAUGUCAGCCUAGGAUUCUUUGAUGACAUCGUCAUUCCCCCAGAGUCCCUACAGCAGCCUGCAAAAUUCGAUGAAGCGGAGCAGGUGUGGGUGUGGGAGUAUGAGACGGACGAAGGGGCCCAUGACCUCUACAUGGACCAAGGUGAGGACAUCCGCUUCCGGGUCACAGAUGAAGUCUUCUUGGACACGUCGCCCACAGGCCCUUCUGCCGCAGCAACCAACUCCCCUGCAGCUCCAGGAGCAGAGGAGGGUGGCCAGAAGAAAGAGGCCCCGUACACACUGCUAGGUACCAUUAGCGAGCCAGGCUUGGGCCUCCUGUCCUGGUGGAACAGCUAGCGAAAGGAGAGACCAUUACAGUACAGAAAACGGGAGACGGCUGUCAAGUAUUCAUCCCAGCUGCUGGACGUAAACCUUCUUUUUUAGACCCUUCUCAGUCACUCCUCCCAGGUUGUGACUUUAACACUGGAGAAACAUGCCUCUGUGAAGUGUCCACAAGGCUAAUAGACACAGAACUUUGGGCUCAAGUAGAGGAGCCAGGAUUCCCAUAAUAGGAAUGGCAGACCCAAGGACAAGGGACCAGUAGCAAGGAUUUCUAAUAGAGCACCCAGGCCAGGGACAUGGAAACUGCCUCACUUGCAAAGGUGUAGAUCCACUUCCCCCUGUAUAUUGUAAAUACUACCACCAUAACUGUUAACGUACCAGCAGUUACACCCGGUGCACAUGACUGUAAGAAAGACUGACUAAAGGGCCCCAAUUGGCCUAUUUAGUGUCACCAUGUAAGUCUGUGAGUGUUCAGUUGAACAAAUAAUGGAGUGAGUGUGCCUAAAUAUACAAUUGUGUGUUGUCUUUGUGACCAGUAUAAUGUUUCAUCAGUGAUCAUUUUUGUUUGCAUGAUUUUGAGUUGGGUUAUUUAAGCAAUAAGGCCCAAGGACAUGAUGGUAUAUGGCCAAUAUACCACGGCUAAGGGCUGUUCUUAGGCACAACGGACACAGCCCUUAGCCUGGACACAGCCCUUGGCCAUGGUAUAUUGGCCAUAUAUCACAGACCCCUGAGGUUUCUUAUUGCUGUUAUAAACUGGUUACCAACUGUAAUUAGAGCAAUACAAAUACAUGUUUUGUCAUACCUGUG